AUGUCCACAUCGAUUCGUCGUACUGUUUCUAUGAGUAAGCUAAAGACUGGAAGGUCUUCAGCUGAUGGUGUUCCAAUUAACUACAACGACGACAAAUUCAAGAAAUUGUGGGAUACUUAUUCCUUUUAUUUGGCUAAGGACGUCGAAACCAUAAAGCGCCAAAUAACAAACCACAUUGAAUACACCAUGGCGUGCAAUCGUGUUGAUUUCCGCCCUUAUGCCAUUUACGCUGCAGCUGCUCAUUCCCUGAGAGACAGAGUUCUUGAGUUUUGGAACGACACACAGCAAUACUUCACUGAUGUCCAGACAAAGAGAGUGUACUACAUGUCCAUUGAAUACUUGAUUGGGCGUUCAUUAGUCAAUUCCAUCAGUAACUUAGGACUUGAUGACAAUUAUAAAGAUGCUUUGAAGUUCUUUGGUUCUUCCAUUGAAGAAUUGUAUGAGUACGAAGAUGACGCCGCAUUGGGAUCUGGUGGACUUGGAAGACUUGCUGCGUGUUACUUGGAUUCACUUGCCACGUUGAAUUACCCAGCUUGGGGAUAUGGUAUUAGAUAUCAGUAUGGUAUGUUCAAGCAAAAAAUUGUCGACGGAUACCAAAUUGAAAUGCCGGAGUAUUGGCUUGAGGCUGGAAACCCAUGGGAAGUCAUGAGAGCGGAUGUCAAAUACGAAAUCAAGUUUGGUGGGCACGUCAUUGUAGUGAGAGAUGUUAAGGGCAAAUUGAAACAUGUCUGGAUGAAUAGUGAAGCUGUCAACGCCAUCGCAUUUGAUGUUCCUGUUCCGGGUUAUAAGACCGUCAACACACUGAAUUUGAGAUUGUGGAGCUCCCAACCAACAACUGAAUUUGACUUUGCUGGGUUCAAUAGUGAUGAGAAUUCUCAUAUGUAUUGGGACGCGUUGGCUGAACAACAGAAACAAGAACAAAUCUGCAAAGUUUUGUAUCCAAAGAACGACAACGAGAAAGGACAGGCACUCCGAUUGCAACAGGAGUACUUCUUCUCCUCUGCUACCAUCAUGGAUAUCGUCAGAAGAUUCAAGAAGAUGAAAAAGCCCUUCGACGAAUUCCCAGAGUACACUGCAAUUCAGUUGAACGAUACUCACCCCGUCAUUGGUGCUCUUGAGUUGCUCAGAAUAUUAAUUGAUAUUGAAGGACUUGACUUCUCAAACGCAUUUGAUAUUGUUAACAAAACUGUGUCAUACAC